ACACCGCGUCAAUCCUAGGCGACUUUUUCCCGAGUUUUUCCUGUUUGAUGAGGUUCCUCAAUUCGGCUCAGCCUUGUCACGUAUUUGUGUCGAUCUGACGCUCGACCCAUCCCACAUCAGCGGUUUGCGUUUCGGUUUUUUGCUUUUCUUUGUCCUCUUGGCACAGCUGAAGUGCUUCUGGUCGUUCUGGUCAGACGGGCAAACGCUGUUUCACGUUCUGUCGGCUUUUUCCUUCGGGGGUUUGCGAGGCGCGGCGGUGGUUUUUUGCUCAGACUUCUCAAAAAAACGCGCCUGCGGUUUCGGCUGUCUCGCGGAACUGCAGUUUUAGUCUCGUCUUUGACGCUGGUCAUCCAAGGAGAAGCGUCGCCCGAGUCUUCUAUACUUCCGCAGUGUGGCUUUUCUAACCGCGUUGUUCCUUUCUCUGUUUCUCGCUGUUUCCCAAUAUCGGUUGAGAGCACCACGACCUUCGUCCAUGUCACUUUUACGCAGAGUCCGCGAAUUCCAAGUUUCUUAACGAGGCUUCGAACACUGAAUGUGUUGUUGUCCGCGAGACGAGCCACGUUCAGGCGUGUCGAGAGAUCUGUCUCUUUGUGCUUGUUUCUCGUGCCUUCUCUGCAACGCAUCGCAAACGUUUCUCCCGAACCCAGUUGAGUAAAUAGGUUUCGCUGCCUCUCAUCGUGCUGGUCCCUUCUGCUUUCCUUUCAUCUCUUCUUCUGGAAUCGAAUCUUCUUAAUCUCUCGGAGCUGCCUGUGGCUGUCCUUUCUGGCCUUUCUGUGGCGGUUUUCUCGCCUGCGUACCUGAUAUUCUCGGCUCCGGUGUUUGGCGUCUAGGCUCAUCCGAAGGGACGCUCGCGAGGCUCUAACCCCCCGAGAACCUGGAAGCAGGUCCCGUUCUCUUUUCACUUUUUUAGCGUUUUCUCCUCAAAGAUACUAGACCUUUGCGUAGACACAAACACAGCGGAACACGGUGCACAGUAGAUUCAGCACUACAGUUUCUGCCCUCUAUUUGCACACGUGUAGGUCCAGGAGGUGUGAGGGAGAAACGUCGCGGCUCUUCCGACGCUUGCCCAGAUCGGAAUCGAUAUUUCGUUUGAAGUACGAACGUUCUUGAGGGACGAGCUGCCGCUCGACACGCGUCGGCACUUCUACUGGUUACCACGGUCUCCAUUUGUCCUUUAAAGUCGAGAGAAAUGCACCGUUCUGUCACGACCGCGGCAUCUAGGAUCCCCUGUCAGCUCCGCCGGGUGUCCCGUCAGACGCCGCUUCGACUCGUCCUCUCCGUGGCGCUGGUUUUCGUGUGUUUCCUUCCUUUCUUUUCGCGCGUAUUCGGCCCUGGCCUCCCCGGCGCUGCCCCCGCUAGUCCGGGGGAAGAAAACCUUCUUUUCCGCGUCAGGUCCUUCAGCCUUUUUACCACCCUCCGAGAUGGUGGCUGUGUCGCUGCCGCGGAACCUGCCAAGACGGGGGUGGACGUCUCGCGCGUUUCUCCGAAACGUUCUGUGAGCUCCUCCACUCCAGACGCGAGCGCAGAUCCCUGGCUGCCUUCGCUCGACUUGGUCAUUCCAGAAAACCAAGACAAACGCGAAACGGUGUACGACGUGCUCGCAAGCGUGGAGAACACUCCAAGCGACAACCUGUUCUUUGCGAUUGCGCGAGACGUCGUCAACACGUACCAACUGACGAAGCCGUUUCUCGACGAGUUUCUUCGGUUACAGCAGCAACAGCGCGCGAAACAAAGAGCGAAAAACGUCGAGGCGAUCGAGGACGCUGGAGGAAUCGCCACAAAUGCGCUGUCAACCAAUCCCAAAUUUCCCCUGUCUUUCACUACCCCGUGGGGGAGCGAAGGAGACAACGAAAACUCUUGGAAGAUCAAGAAGAAGCGCAGCGGAGAGAAAGAAGCAAAGAACAGCCAAGAAAGACGAAAAAAUGUGAGAGACAGAGGCGACAGCGACGAGGAAGGCCGUGGGAAACCUCACAAAUCAAAAAUUCUCUUCGGGCACCAGACAGGAACUGCCAGGCUGUUAUCUGCGACGCACGAGGUGGACAAUGAAGUGUCGAAACGCGGAAAACAGAAACAAAUCAUUCAUUGACUGCUCUCCUUGUCUUUCGAGGAAAAUGAAAGACUCUUCCGUGUUCACACACAACGCAGUCAAGAUAUUAUAUAUAUAUAUAUAUAUAUAUAUUGUUGGAUAUACAUAUGUAUCUAUAUGCAUAUCCAUAUACAUGCCUGUAUGUAUGAGCAUGCACAGUUACACGUAGGUAGAGACGUACACUUACAUGCAAAUGUAUAUACGUAUUUCCAUGCAUGUAUACAGAUAUACACAUACCUGCAUGCAUUUAGAGGUGGAUGUGGGUCCAAGUAGGUUUGUAUGUGGAGUUGUAUGAGUAGAGUGCAGGAACAAAUAAUAGCAGAUGUGUACAGAUGUCUCUUGUACAUUUUCAAAAACGAAAUCUGUCGACUCGGAAUUCUGGAAAGCCUUGUCGUGUCGUCCAUCAAUCGAUUUUUUGCUCUCUUUAAAAACCCAUGCAACCUUCGCGCAUGCCUUGCGCUGCCUCCGCACUCUCAAAAUGCAAAUAAUCACCUGCAUCUCU